AUGUCGCCGUCGAAGCAAAUGAAGCUCACUGAGCCGUUCCGACAGGAGAGAAAGGACCGCCACAAUGCGCAACAAGAUGGCGCCAACUCGGCCACAGAAUCUCCGAUGUCGGAAGGCACUUUAGAGCCUGAUCUCACCCCAGACACAUUAAGGGACAAACCUGUGACCAAAAAAAAGCAUAUAUAAAAUAUACCUUAGAACAUUAAUCCAAAAGGACUUCCAGCAGAUUACUACCUCCAUCCACAAAGAUAUCGCAGAUUUGGGUGAGAGGACCAACCACCUUGAAAAUAAAACUGAAGACUUGUGUAGUGCCCAUAACGAGGUGGCAGACCGAAUACAGAGAUUAGAAGAACAUGCCAUGAUGAAAAGCAAACUAGCUGACAUUGAAGACAGGUCACAUCAGAAUAAUGUCCGCUUUCACGAUAUUGCAGACUCUGUCACUGCAGACCAACUCCCAGUCUACAUCAAAGCACUAUAUGCCAUUCGCUUGUACCAGAGUUAGAAGUCACAGCGUGGAUGCUAGAUAGAGUGCAUCGCCGGCCAAGACCUGCCCACUUUACUGCUGCCACACUGAGAGAUGUAGUGGCACACUCCCACUAUUAUAACUCAAAGGAAGCCCUAUUAAACAACACCAGGAAGUAGCAAGAGCUACCAGAGCCGUACCAUAAUCUGAAUCUCUUCGUAGACCUGUCAGCCUCAACAAUGGCCCAGAUGAGAGAGUUUCUUACUACAACAAAGACCCUCCACAACCACAAAAUCCCAACGAAGCUAUGGCGGAAUGGCUCCCUGCACACAGUUUUGGAACCAGAGGUAGGCCUCAGCAAAAUAAAGGCGUGGGGCCUGUGGAUGAAUCCUUAAGCUGUGUCGCCAGCACAAGCAUCCUCAUCCAGGGUACUGCCAGAAUGGUCCACGGUAGGAUCACAGAAACUGA